UCUAAUAAGUUUCUAAGUUCCAAUACUCCAAACCAGAUAGUGAAAUGUCUGUGGCGUUUCAGAAGUGGAGAAAACGCCAUGCAAGGCUUAUGAUGCUUAGACUUUUAACCAAAAAGCUGCUAAGUCUCAUCUUGGUGUUACCAUCACCAAGGACGGAUCACAAUGUUUUCGAGUUCGAUGAAGAUUUAGAAGAACCAACUAUGGUCCCAAGAGAUGUGAAGGAAGGGCAUUUUGCAGUUAUUUCUGUCAAAGGUGGAGAAAAAAAGAGGUUUAUCUUGGACCUAAGGAAUCUGAGAAACCCAGAAUUCUUGGAGCUGUUAGAGCAGGCUAAAGAAGAAUAUGGAUUCCAAAAGGAAGGAGUCCUUGUCUUCCCUUGUCAACCAGAAGAAUUGCAGAAGAUUUUAAAAGGCAGCACAACAUCUUGAUGUAUACAUAAUUGCUGGUUUCUUGGUGCAAUUAUGCAUAAUGUUAAACUAUUACUGUACUCUG